UCCACAGUCUCCCCUCUGCCCAGUGUCAGGGAGUUGUAGCGGAGUGUCUCAGUUCCUGGGAUCUGCCUUCCCCCCCCGACGGCAGUGAGCCCCCCCAGGAGGGGCUGGAGUGUGGCACUGGAUGCGGAGAGUCUACGAAGGCCACUCAGCCUGCGGCCUGCUGUUCGAGUGACCAACACAGUCGUCCUACAGGAGACUGUCAUCAGAGUUACUCAUCCCUCGUUACAACGUGUUGUGGAUCCCUGUCUCCCUGAGGCUCUCUCCUCACUCUCUGCCGUUUGGGAAGUGUCACCAAUUCCUGUGGGACUCUCUCCGAGAGACACUCAGUCACAGGAUGCCAAUACGAAGGGGUCACGUCGCUCCCCAGAACACCUUCCUCGACACCAUCAUCCGCAAACUGGAGGGUCGCAAUCGGACGUUUCUCAUUGGCAAUGCGCGAGUGGUGAACUGUGCCAUCAUCUUCUGUAACGAUGCUUUCUGUGAGAUGUCUGGCUAUUCUCGAGCGGAGGUGAUGCAGAAACCAGCCUGUUGUGACUUCCUGCAUGGCCCACAGACCAGGAAGACAGCCAUCGCUCAAAUCAGGCAGGCCCUGGGCGGCUCUGAGGAGAGAAAGGUGGAGCUCUCUCUCUACAGGAAGGAUGGUCCGAGACGGAACUUUCAGCUCCGACUGCCAAACCUGGGCUCGGUGAGUGUGGGGAAGUUGACGUUAGCCCAGGAGGGAGCAGGCCAAGGCUUGUUGAACCUGUCCAGAGCGAGUAGUGAGUCUAUGGCUGUGGAGGGUCAGAGCCAGACCGAGGAACUCCUAGCACCAGACCCUGAUGCUGAGGGAGAUCCUGAACACUCCUCCAUCACACAGCCCCUGAACAGGCAGCUCUCCAGCUCCAACUCCACUCUCAGUCCCAGUGCCACCCCUUCCCAGGAGAGUUCCUACAGCUUCCACCAUAUUUCCUCACUCGAUGACAUCGAAACGACGAGGGAAGGUGGGCUCAGAAGGUUCCGGAGCCGGCACUCCAGCACAGGGACAGUGAAUCAUGUGACGGUCAGCCCAAACCUGGUCAAUUCCACUUCAGACUCUGACCUGGCGAAAUAUCGAACCAUCAGCAAAAUCCCCCAAAUCACACUCAACUUUGUGGAUUUUAAAGGUGAGAACUUCAUCCUGUCAUCUCCAGGAGAGAGAGAGAUCAUAGCGCCAACGAAGGUGAAGGAGAGAUCCCACAACGUUACUGAGAAGGUCACUCAGGUGCUGUCUCUUGGUGCUGAUGUCCUGCCUGAAUAUAAACUCCAGGCCCCACGCAUUCACAAAUGGACCAUCCUUCACUACAGUCCCUUUAAGGCUGUUUGGGAUUGGCUGAUCCUGCUGCUUGUUAUUUACACGGCUGUCUUCACUCCAUACUCCGCUGCGUUCUUACUGAAUGACCAGGAGGAGGUGAGCCGCCGAGAGUGUGGGUAUUCCUGUAACCCCCUGAACGUGGUGGAUCUGAUUGUGGACAUCAUGUUCAUCAUUGACAUCCUCAUCAACUUCCGGACCACGUACGUGAACAGUAAUGACGAGGUGGUCAGUCAUCCUGUCAGCAUCGCCGUCCACUACUUCAAGGGUUGGUUCCUCAUUGACAUGGUGGCUGCCAUCCCCUUUGACCUGCUCAUCUUCCGCUCGGGCUCCGAUGAGAGGACCAUACUGAUUGGUCUGUUGAAGACGGCACGCCUGCUACGAUUGGUUCGAGUUGCUCGGAAACUUGACCGUUACUCUGAGUACGGAGCUGCUGUCCUCUUCCUGCUGAUGUGUACCUUUGCCCUGAUUGCUCAUUGGCUGGCCUGUAUCUGGUAUGCCAUUGGCAAUAUGGAGAGAACGUUUCUGCAGCCGAAGAUUGGGUGGCUGGAUUCUCUCGGUGAGCAGAUUGAUAAACCUUACACUGAGAACGAUACAUCGUCAGGCCCCAGCAUCAAGGACAAGUACGUCACUGCGCUAUAUUUCACCUUCAGUAGCUUGACCAGCGUGGGAUUUGGCAACGUCUCCCCUAAUACCAACUCCGAGAAGAUCUUUUCCAUCUGUGUGAUGCUGAUUGGCUGUAAGUGGCCUCCGCCUGUAAUCCCUCAUGGGUUAGUUAAUUGUUGGGGUCAGAAACAGGAGUACGAUUCGUGGUGGGAGAUUCUGGUAACACUGUGACUGCCCAAGGUUAGCCCGCAGUCUUGCACGGCUUCAGUAAUCCCUCGAGCAGCUCCCUUUCUCUCUGAUUUCGGGGCGAUUUGCUCUCCCUCAGGAAGAGUCCUGUUACAGCUUGUUCCCCCAUUUAUAUGGAAACCUCCUUAUGAACUGGAGUAAUUGCUGGGAUGUGUGUGGUCAGUGAAUCCUGGAGCUGAAUUGUUCACUCUGUGGCUUCUACAUACCACAGGCUUUAUUAACAGCAUGGAAAUAGGCCAUUCAGCCUAUCCAAUACAUUCAGCUUCCCCAACACUGUACCCCUCCAGUAUCUGUCCAAUCACGUUUGGAAUGUAUUAUCUGUUUUAUUCUGGGUCACCCUCACAUCCUGGCCAUAUCCCUUCCCCCAACCUUGGAACUGGCUUCCCCGUGCUGAGGGUGAGUUCACCUCAAUCCCAUCUCCCCUCCAGCUCCUGUGCUCCAAGGAAAAUAACCACAACUUCUCCUCAACCUGGUAACUAAUCUGUCUUAUUCCGGAACAUUCUGGUAAAUAGAGAUAUUGGGGUUUUAAAGCAUGGAAAGAGGCCAAUCAGCCCAUCAUAUCCAAGUCAUGAAACAUCCAUUUUUUCUAAUCCCAUUCCCAACACUCGGCCCAUAGCUCUGUCUGCUUUCUCAUCACAAAUGUCCAUCUAAGCAUUUCUUCAGCGUGACAAGGGGUUCUGCCUCUGUAACCCUCACAAAUUCCCACCACCAUCUAAAUGAAGAAUAAUAAUUUCUCACAUUCCCUCCCAAACUCCCGUCCCCUCCCUCCAAUCUACACUCCCUGGGCAUGCCCAUAUCCAUGCCCCUGAGAACCUGGUACAUCUCAAUCAGAUUUCACCUCAACCUCUAAACAAAACAC